AUUAAAUAACACAUCUUUGAAAUUCAAAUUAGCUACUUGACAAAACACAGUGCGUGGUUGAGCCAAAAUUUAUAUUUUUGUGACGUUACAAUGUUGAUGACGUAAUGUGAUAUAUAUUAUGUCGCUAUAAACAAACAUAAGACUUAUUUUUGCAUUUCCUUAAUGAGACUUCAGCAUGGCUAUAAAGUUAAUAAAAUUUAACAUGGCUACAGUUAAUGAAAAUACUACGUGACUUUAGUUGCUCCUCUUAAAAAGUUGAUAAUAACAAAACAUACCUGGAUGCGGGAUUGUUGUAAUUUAUUAUCUUGUAAAACUCUAACAAAAGUUGUAUUAUUAAAUUUAAUGAUUUGUGAUUAGAUAGUAGAUUAUUUCGUUUAUUGCAGUAAAAGCCAAACACACAGCAAGAGGAAUUCUUUAGCUACGCAUGACACGUCUGAUAGAGAAAUGGAUUUGACAAUUUGGCUUGCAUUGUUUUUCUUUAACGUUAUUGAGGGAACAAAAAAUACAUCUAAAGAAAACCACUGUUCAGUGUUUCAAUCACAACUACAAUCAUUACCUAACAAAACAAAUUGCUUACAACUAAUCCCAGAUGUGUCCAACCUUAAACAAGUAUGCCACAAGUACCAUGCAACAUGCAAAGGAUUUCCACACUACAGAGGGUUCACCACAAAACUUAAAGGACGUCAUCUUUUUGUCAUAGGUGUCAAUAUGACAGCUAUUUCAAAAGAAUUAAGAAAAGAUUGCUGGGGAGUUACUUUACAUACCAGUGGAGAAGACUUAGAUAAAUGCGAGUACAAAAGCCUUGACCAGGGAUAUGAGGAGUUUAAAUUCCAGUACUCCAGAGAACAAGAAUACACAUUCAGCAUGACCUUGCUACCGACUGGAGAGACCAAGGAUUUUAGUUGGACAUCGCCUGAUGACUGUGCAUUAUCGGUUUUGGAAGAUAUUCAAAGCGUUAUCCACAAUACACAUGGUUCCAGAAACUACUGCUUUAAAAAACAGAAUGUUGCGUCGGUGAUGACAUUUGCAAAAAUUCAAUGCAAGAAACACGAUUAUAGCGCGACUAGAGUAAAAGACAUUUUGAAAAAUAACCUUCAUGUUACAAGUGAAUGCGAAUUUCUUUUAAACAAAGACACAGCAAACUCAACGAGCAUGCCCGUGUUGACCAUUGCAAUUAUCAGCAUAUCAGUAGUUCUUAUCCUACUUUUAAGCGUGGCAUGUUUUGUUGUCCGACACAGAAAAAAAUUGCACCGAAACACGCAAGAUUACCACGAAACACUCCGAAUAGUUGAACCAAUAACAUCAGACAAUGAAAGCACAUCAGUUAUGAUUUUAAACCGUCCUGGUUGUGAACUACUGGAAGCAUUUCUUCGUGAUUUUGCGUUCGUUCUCAGUUCCUAUGGAGUCAACGUAAGAAUGGCAUUACUUGAGCAAAACGAAAUUGAUGCGGACGGAGGAAUAGCUUCGUAUAUGCAGAAGCAUAUUAAUAAAUGCGACUACAUUCUUAUUAUGUGCACCGAAAACACAAACGAACACAUAGAGAUUUUGAAACACAGGCCGUACGAGUUUGCAUUGAAAAUUAUUGGAGGAAUGGCGUUUCAUCAAAACGACUCUUCUCGUUACAUUCCAAUGUAUUUAUCAUCGUACAAAGAAGCAGUCAAAAUCAUACCAUCUUUUUUAAAUGCAUCAACAUCCUUUGGAUAUCAAUUACCACAAGAUAUGAAAAAGUUACUGUCAAGAAUUACCUCUAAGAAGCAAUUACAAGCAACCAGUGAAAGGAUUGCCAAAGAUAAAUUUUUCUUCAACAAAAUGUAUGAACAUAGAAAGAAGAUUUCAGCAAAGGAGCAUCCCCAUUGCAUUAAAGAAUACUGCACCAAGGGUACAUGUCAUGGCAGUAUAGUCAACCUUUCAUCAAUAUGGCCAACAACUGUUCAAUCAGCUAAAUGGUCCUCUUCGCAUUCUUUGGCCAAUGACCCUUUAGAUGAUGUCAUAAAGGAAUCGACUUCAUAUGAAAUGACUUUGGUGUGCAAAUACAAUUUGAUGAUAGGGAAGGAUAGGAACAUCUGCGAAGGUUGAAGAGAUACUUUGUGGUCACAUUAACCAUUUAUAAAAUAAUUAGCAUAAUUAUGUACAAAGACAGAAGUGGCCACACUACUUGUUACAUUAUAACAAUAUAUAUCGAAUAAUUGAAAUUAUUACGUACAAAGAAAGAAGGCGCCACGCUUCUUGUUACAUUAUAACAAUGUAACAGAAAACAACAUUAUAACUAAACUAAAUAGUUCCCUGGAAGUUUGUUUUCAGAGCUGUACUUUUUGAUGAAGAAGUAAAGAUGAGAAACUUGGUAAA